AUGGCUCUCGCCCCUAAAUACGCCGGCCAAAAGUUCGUGGCAACCAACAUUCCCACGUUACACACCCUGGAAAUCUACCUCGACUAUGUGUGCCCAUUUUCCGCCAAGAUGUUCAACACUCUCUACACCUCCGUCCUGCCUUUAAUCGAGCAGAAAUACGCAUCGAAAGUGCAGGUCGUAUUCCGGCAGCAGAUCCAGCCGUGGCAUCCUUCAUCGACCUUGGUGCAUGAAGCCGGGGUUGCGGUGCUCAAGAUACAGCCCGAGAAGUUCUGGGAUUUUAGCAAGGUUCUCUUUGACGAAUCCCGCUCAUUCUAUGACGUCAACAUCGUGAAUGAAACACGGAAUCAGUCUUACGCCCGUCUCGCCAAACUCGCAGCCAAGGUUGGCGUCGACGAGCAAACGGUGCUGAAAAUGCUAUGGAUUAAUGAUCAGCCGGAUAAGGAUGGCGGAUUUAACUCGGGGAAUGGCGUUACGAAUGAUUUGAAGGUCCUGGUUAAAAUGAAUAGGAUGGUCGGGGUACAUGCUACUCCCACGGUGGUGUUUAAUGGGGUUGUGGAGAAUAAGAUCGAGUCGAGCUUCACGCCAGAGCAGUGGGCGGAGUGGUUGGAGAAAAAUAUCGCGAUCCCAAUUGCAAACGGAACAGCAAACAAGGAUUCUUGCACAAUCGCUUUACCGCUUUAUUAUGCUGUGGCUUUCGCCUUAAGAGCAAACUCUACGAGCAAUGGGCGUCCCGCUUCUCAGCAACAGCAAUCAAACCCUAGACUGCUGAGACAGAGCGCCCGCCUACAAGCAACCCAGCGUUCUGGAUCAGAUCGCAAGUCCCCGCAGCCCAUGAAAGCUCCCUCGCAUAAGCCAACCCCUAUUCCUAUCAAUCAUCCUGGUCCGCAACAAUCACGUAGUCAUCUGACGCUAAAACGGAAAUCUAACGGAUCUGUCGAGCCUGAAAGACCUCUAAAACGCGCUCCUUUAACAAAGAAAAACUUAAAAGCGCUCGAGAGAAUGGCAGGACGACGGAAAAAGGUUCCUACGGCAGAGAUUACUGAACAAUCUACUUCUUUGAUUACAACAGCUAAUAAGGAUUUUAGCUUACAGCUGGGAGAUAACAACAUUGUUGUUUUCGAUGGGCUUAAUGGACAUGAUCCAGAUGACAUGGCUGAAGUCGGAGAACUAUUGAGCCAGCGUCGAGACUCGAACCCUCCGAGCAAGCUGGCUUUUCAACAGUAUCUGACGAUCAUCAGACAGAACAAUAAUGAGGUCACAAUACAGCAUAACGCCUUAAAUCUCCUUGCAAAGCGGAGCGUCGAGCGAGAGCUUUCAAACUACAUGCAGAGACUUAAUUAUUCCUGGGUAGAAGUCAAUAACCAUCUUACUGUCAAGUUAAGUAGUGCCAGGCCAGAUAUCGCAGAGAGUUACCGCAAAUCCGAUUACCCUCUGGAAGCACGUGAAGCACUUUCCUGCUCGAUUGGCCCUACCGCAUGUGAUAUUUCAAUGCCGGCUUAUACCGUUGAAUGUAAGAGUACCGAAGGCAAUAUGCAGACAGCAGAAAAUCAAUGCGCCUAUAAUGGAGCACUUAUGGCGGAGGGAGCGCGCGAUGUGCAUAGGUAUCUAGGCAAGUCCAGCGAUAAUUUCUACGGCAAAACGCAGGCGCUCACAGUCGCAUUUAACGGUGACGCCCUCAAGAUCUAUGGGCAUCAUAUAGUUCAGACCCCCACACCUUCGCAGCCCGCGGGCACUGGCGACAUGGCUACUCUCAAGUAUCAUCAGCAUCUUUACGCUCACUUAAACCCUCGCGCUUCCUUCAAAAGUUUUCAGGAAGCAUACAAGCAUCUAAGGAAUUCUCAAGAUUUCUGUUACAAUCUCGCGGCCCACAGGAAGGAUGCAUUGUGGGCCCAUGCAAACGCAGCCAAUACGCAAACUACGCCAGAUGUUAGCGAUGGAAGUAAGAAUGAGGACGAGGACGGGGACGAGGUUAGCAAAUCGAGUCACCUAUCAUCAGCAGAAUCCCUUGCGAGUCCACAGGAAGCUACAGACGAUGAGGAUGAUAAUACGGAGUAG